GCAAUAUCGGUGAAGAGACGCUGUGUAAUGUACUGCACAUACAUCAGCCCACGUCGCCCACGAGCUAUGCCAAGAGAAAUUCAUUAGCAUGAAACAGUUGGUUUGACGAGGCUCGACACACCAUCUUGCCUUCAUGGCUGCCUCCAAGGUGAUAGCCAAAUUCACGACCCAGUUGGAGUACGUCAACAUCGAUGGACUCCUCCUAGAAUUGUGGAAGGAGGGCGUAAUAAAGCCGCAACCGUAUUUUGAGGCCUUGAAGAAGCCUUUCGAAGAGAAACUGGCCUUCGUGCAGCUGCAACUCUCCAUCGGAGGCGAAGACGUAUUUCCAAAGUUCUUAAAAUGCCUGCGAACUCUGAAUCAUUGGCAGCUAGCAAGUAAUAUGGAAGCCGAAUGGAACAGGGAGAGGCAAAAUGGAAAUGCUCAGCCUGGCAGUGUCUCCUCUUCCAAUGAAGCGAUUCCUGGUGCAGCUGUUGGUACCUCCCGGCAAGAGGGGAUGGAGUACGUUAACACGAGCGAUAUCCCUAGAGAUGAUAUUCCAGAGAACGGUAGAGGGAAAGAUCAGCCUGAUGCUUCUGGCUUUGGAUCCAACGAUGACGACACCUUUCAGCCUCAAUACUUGGACAUCUCUUUGCGAAGAGCUGAAACCUUUCAUGGACCUCCGGACAUGAAGAAGAUGAUCAAGAGCUUUGCACAUGAAAAAGACAACUUUGCACGCUGUCAUGAAAACAGCGACUGCUGCGCAGUUGUUGUGAUGAGCCACGGAGAUCAGUCAGACAGGACGUAUGUGAUUUACUCGAAGGAUCAUAAGCGUCUACCAGUGGAAUGGGUCAUCCAGAACUUCAGCAACGAGGAAACCCUGUCACUUCGUGGCAAGCCGAAACUUUUCUUCUUCCAAGCUUGCAGGGGGAGCGAACAUUAUCGUUCGCCAUCCGAGAGUAGCACGGAGACAGAUUCAUACAAUGCAAGAUGCACUUCGCCCCUGGUUCAAGCUGACAUUUUCGUGGCAAAUGCAGCCAUUCCACAUUAUGUGAGCUACAGGAAUAAGAGUCGUGGAUCGUGGUUCAUUGAAUCCAUCUGCCAGGUCUUCAUGGACAAUGCUCAUUGCCUGGACCUCCGGAGUAUGAUGGAUGAAGUUCAUAACCGGCUGGCCAAGUAUGAAGGGGUUAAGGGUGAGAAGCAAAGUCCAGAGUACUGGGUAAGAGGAAACUUCAAGAAACUCUACUUCAACCCAGGCUUCUGA